AUACCAACAGACAUCAUCGUCGAAACUCUGUUCUCAGUGCUGCUUCUCUGUGUCGGAGUAGUAUUAGGCAGCGCGGAUCUGAAACCAAUACAAUGGAACGUUUGGGCCGGAAAUCUGGAGAGAAGUAAAGAAGCGAGGAAAAUUCAGGAAGUCGGCGUGGGUGGUGGAAACCCGUAUGCUGGGCUGGAGGAGAGGAGUGGGUUUGCGGAUAUCAGAGCGCAGAGGAAGGAGUUUGCGGAGUGGGUGACAGGUGGUGGGCAGAAG